AUAAAAACAACGCAGCUCGAAAAAGCUCGCAAUGCACCACCUAUUCAUUACCUACAACAAUGACCAUUGCGGCUACAUCUAUCCCUACCACCAAGUACGAGGCGCACUACGACCCCACAAAGGUCAUUCAGCAUCCCGAGUUCCAAACGCUCAGUGAAGAUGCUCCUGAGCUUUCCGACCCCAAGCUCAACAUCGCCUGUGCGUACAACCCGGCUCAUGAGAUCCACAUGGUCAAGAAGCCUCGAUUCGAGCCCGGUCCUGGUGAAGUGACAAUCCACGUCCGUGCCACAGGAAUCUGCGGUUCUGACGUUCACUUCUGGAAACACGGCCAUAUUGGACCUACCAUGAUUGUCACAGAUGAGUGCGGAGCAGGUCAUGAAUCGGCAGGCGAAAUCGUUGCCGUUGGAGAAGGCGUCGCACAAUGGCAGGUCGGUGACAGGGUAGCUGUUGAAGCCGGUGUUCCAUGCGGUCUCGCCUCAUGUGACCCUUGUCGUACCGGUCGUUACAACGCUUGUCCUGCUGUCGUCUUCUUCUCCACCCCUCCUUACCAUGGUACACUCACUCGAUAUCACAAUCACCCGGCUGCUUGGUGCCACCGUCUCGCCGAUAACGUGUCUUAUGAAGAAGGAUCCCUGUGUGAGCCUCUUGCAGUGGCGCUGGCCGGUCUUGACAGGGCUGGUGUGAGAUUGGGGGACCCUAUUGCCAUUUGCGGGGCGGGCCCUAUAGGGUUAGUUACUCUUCUUGCUGCGCAUGCUGCAGGUUGUACGCCCAUUGUCAUCACCGAUCUCUUCCCAUCCCGACUUGAGUUCGCCAAGAAGCUUCUUCCAACUGUCAAGACUGUACAGAUUGAGAAGACUGCAAAGCCCGAAGAGGUUGCGAAGCAGAUCAAGGGCGCGGCGGGUAUGCAGCUUUCGCUUGCAUUUGACUGUACAGGAGUGGAGAGCAGUAUCAGAUCUGCUAUCUUCUCUGUCAAGUUUGGAGGCAAAGUCUUUGUAAUUGGUGUCGGACCUUCAGAGCAAAGCUACCCAUUCGGCUAUUGUAGCGCCAACGAGAUCGAUCUCCAAUUCCAGUACAGGUACAACAAUCAAUACCCGAAAGCCAUUCGACUCGUCGCUGGCGGGCUUGUCGACCUGAAACCACUUGUCACCCACCGUUUCGCUUUGAAGGAGGCUGUUAAGGCUUUCCACGUCGCCGCUGAUCCCUCUCAAGGAGCUAUCAAGGUUCAGAUCCGUGAUUAGUCGGAUUAGUCAGUGGAUUUUUCGUGAUGGUAAAAAGGUGUGAUCUUGGCUUGUUAGAUAAUUAAACAGUCUUAGAGUUAGGUAUACAGUAUAGAUAUCAUGGAGUUCUUCCUGAGAUUCCAGAUGCCAUGAUCAUGAAAUUAAAUGA